UUUAGCUGCCUUAAAUUGUGGACUCUCCUUUAUGGGUACUCCAUGCUCACACGCGAAGUACAGUGGAGUGAUAAUGGAUGUCUUGUUAUUGUUUACAUUUUGAAACAAAGGUUAUGUGUCUUUCAGUGACAUUAUCCAACUAUCAGAACAUUAUUUUAGGAAAUCGUGUGCAAUGGAUGAUAAAUCAGAUGAAGAAAAAAUGAAGGGGGACAAUAAAGUUUUAUCGGAUGAAAGUUCAAAAAUUGAGGACUCAAGUAUCGAAGAAUUAAAAGUGGAAACAACAUCAAAGAAUGACGAUUCUAAUAAUCAAAGCAGUGAAAUUCAAACAAAAGACGAUAAUAAUUCAUUUCCAAUUCCGUCAUGUUCGACGAGUACAGAAAUAAUUAAAAUUCCCCCCGAUGCAAAGGUUUCGAAUGUAAAAAUUGUACGAGGCACAAAAAGAAUGAGAAUCGAUUCGGCGGACGCAACAAUUGGCGAUAAAAAAGAAAUAAAGGAAGACGACAGUGAGGCAAAAAUAAUGCGAUCGUUGAAACGAUCUUGUGAAUUAUGGUCAUUGGAGGAUAAAAAUACAUUUUUCAAAGCCCUCAAUGAAUAUGGAAAGGAUUUUGAUGCACUGCAAAGUUAUUUUUUAACUCAAGGAAAGAAAAGGGGACUCGCUGAAAAUAUGAUUAAAAAUAAGGAGCAAAUUCGACAUUUUUAUUGUCGAACGUGGCUGAAAAUAUCGAAACGUUUAAAAUUCUCGGAGGAUGUGAAGAAAACAACUCAAGAACUUUACGGGCUAAUUAAUUAUGGCGAAUUAAGGAGAAAAUUGCCGCGAAUGCACGAUAAGGUUCAUAUGAAAUUAAACGAAUUGGUUUAUUGGGGAUCGACGCAAGUUCGAUUGAGAGGGAAAACAAUGAGAAUAAAGACGCCGAUUUGCCGAGCUUUGAGGAAACUAAAUCAACUCGAGGAUUGGCAGGAAGAUAUAAAACUCCCUCCACGAGUUACAAUAGAAUUGCGGCCUGGAAAUAAUAUUGCUUGGUGGAAGGUUCAAGCCUCGGCGAUGAAUCCUCGAGUUCGGACAUUAGUUCCCAUUCAGAGACGACUUUCCAGUAUUUUAACGUAUUUGCAGCAACGUUGGCGACCCCCGAAAUACAGAACUUCCAUAAUCGACGAGAAUCCAAUCGACGAAUCAAAAGAAUCAAUUCUCCUCCGAGUCUCACCAUCUGAGGGUUGUAAAAUUUCCAUUCCGGUGAUAAAUCUCGGCGAGUACCUGACAAGUAAUAGCGUGAGUUUCGAUUCUUAUGAGAAGCGAAUUGGCUUGAAAAGUUCCAAAGUCGAAUUAUUGGGCUCGAUGCAAUAUAUUAAGGGAAUGGGACGAAAGGGAGUGAAAAAAAGCAAAGGCGAUAAAAAAUUGACGAAAUUGUGCGAGGAUCAUUAUACGGGUGCUGAUAAUAAUAGUGAUCUCGAUGUUCCCGAAUUAGGGAGUUUAAAUUUUCCCAGUGAAAAACAAUCAUUGACAAGCGAUGUGAAAGCAUCCGCUGAACAUUCAAUUGAACCAAAUAGAUUUCCUGGCAGGGAAACAAUUGAUCGAAUUCGAUUGGGAUGGAAUAUUGAGGAGGCGAACACGAUUACUGUUGGUGAUCUUUUCUUAAUGUUUGGAAGAGAAUCAAAAGUAACAUUGGAAUACUGGUGGGAAUCGCCUUCAGUGGAUCCAAUGUCCUUUUUCACUGGCAAAACGAAAGCAAUCGUUACACCUCGCGACGAUAAUGUGAGUCUAAUGCUGCAAAAAUUACUCUCAAUCGCAAAGCAGAGUUAUGGACCGAGCAAAGGCUAUGAACACACGUGGGGAAGUAGUGAAACUGUUAUUUCGUCUCGAGUUCCCUCAACCAAAGAGUCAACAUUCAGACAGCCGUUUAUUCCCCAAACUUAUCACGAACUUGGCACACCUGAUGCAUUCAAAACACAACUUGACAAAUUUAAAAUGAGAUUUCACAAGAAGGGAAGAACGAUAAGGCAGAGAAAUUUAAUUGUCCAGCGAGUUGUUCCGGUGGCGAGUCCAGAAGUUCUGAAUGAAAUGCCAAAUUCCCUUGUUAGUGGCGAGACAAUUGGCUCGAGUGAAAUAGCGUUGAAUAAUUCGGUGGACGAAAGUGGCGGCGACACGAAUUUAGAGGCGAAUUCUUCUCAAGUCAAGCAUUUUCUUGAUGUUUUGCAGGAAAAUCCAACGAAAGCUUCAACAUCAAUUAUCACCAGUGCGACGAAAAUUUUGAAAGAAGGCGAACAUCAGUGGCUUAAUUGCGAGGUUGCAGAUUUUUCGUUGAGCAGUUUUUUGGGUCAACUCGAGUCGCCAAUGAAAGGAUCGCAGAGAAGUCAAACUGAAGGUCCUACGGUUGAAGACAUUCGACCGCCUUCUGACAUCGUGACUGAAAUGCAAUGCUUGAUGGGAGAGAAUGGCGUAGACUACAUGAUGAAAUUUGCAAAUAUCGCAUCGCAAAUGGCCUCAUCGGACAAUCAAAAAAAAUAAGUAAAAACUUCGACAAAAUCUA